CUCGGCCAGUCACUUUCAUCGAACAAACGGUCACCCUAAUCACCACUUCUCGUUCCGCAUCAUGGGCCGCCAUCAGUGAGUACGGGCCAACUUACCUCCGGCAAAAGGAAAAAGUGAGUCGGGCGCAGGAGGAAGUUCAAGACGUCCCUAGACUGCCAGCGACUCUCGGUGACGUGUUUGGCGGUGAGCGACGAGGACAAUGCGGUUGCUCUCCACGCUCCUGGUCGUCUCGCUGCUCCUGCUGUGGACGGGGUCUGAGGCGGGCUUCUGCCUGAGCCCGUGCCCUGCACACUGCAGCGCGGAGCGCGUCGUCUACGUGCGCAACAACACAGUUUCCACCGAGGAAGGACCCCGGGCCAAGAUCAUCGCCGAAAUUGCACUCGUGCUGCAGCAGGUCAGACCAGGCGUCCGGAAGAGCGAAAUGAAGUUUGACGGCAGAACGGUCGCGGUGCCGGUCACCGUAAAGGAUAAAGUAGAGAAAGCCCUCAAGAAGUUCCCGGAGCUUGCGAAUAUCCUGCUGGAAUUGGUGAUCUCCAAGGUUGAGCCUCCGCGGAACGAGAGGAAGAAGAAGAGCACUCCGAAGCCGCGGCGUCCACCUCCUGUUCACUCCACCCCGCCGAAGCCGCGGCAUCCACCUCCUGUUCGCUCCAUCCCGCCGAAGCCGCGGCCUCCGCCUCCUGUUCGCUCCACCCCGCCGAAGCCGCUGCCUCCACCUCCUGUUCGCUUCACCCCGCCGAAGUUGGAAACCGUGCUUCCAGACGUCAGCCAGCCCAUCAUCAUACCGCCCACUUCGCAGGGCGUCCGCACAGAAGCGCAUGCCGCUCUCGAGUUGUUGCUCAACUUUCCCAACCAUUCUCCCACCAUAAUAGCUUACCUAGUGAAAAAAGGCGCCAAGUUUUCGGAUUUCACGAAACCGAUCAACAGCGUCACUAUUGGCAGCACGGUUGUCCGGCUCCCGAGGCCGCUCAAGGUGGGGUACAAAAUUAACAUCGACGGCAGAAGCUUUCACCUACCGCAGGAAGCGAAGCAGUUCGCGGGUUACGUCGGGACUCAUCAAAACCUUCUUACCGUGGCGAUAACCUUAUUGCGCCCGCUUGGAACCACGUUCACCGUGGACCGUGUGGGCAAAAUUACCAGCUUCGAAAUUUUCGGCAAGAAACAAUCGUUCACGCAGUCCUUGGGUGGUGCAGUUUUCGUCAAAGGAAAGAAGUAUGACCUUCCCAAGGAUAUCAAGGCACUCCUAAACGUCGUUAAAAACAAUCCAACCGAGUUUUUCAAGAUACAGAUGCUACUGAAAGCUUUCGGCGUACGCUACAUGGAAUCCUCCGGAAGAAACGUGGUUCGGGCUAAUUACGGCAAAGAUUCUUACGACAUCCCCGUAAAGGGGUCUGCGCGCAUUACUUUAGGUGGACUGGCCUUCAGCAUUCCGGCCGACCUUGAGCGCAUAUUCGAGACCAAGCAAGGACUAGAUGUCGGUGCAGUUUUACAGGCCUUGCAGCUCGCCCACGUACCGCUGAAUGUUGAGAGGGACACCGGGAUCGUUAAAGGAGUAGUCGUGAACGGUGAGACCAUUCCGUUUCCGGUCGCGCUCGACUUACGUUUCAAGCUUUACGGGAAGCAGUAUGUUAUACCUAGGGACUUGGCCAAGAUAGUCCGCGUGCUCGAGGAGAAAAAUAUGCCUAGCGACGUACUCUCGAUCCUGUACAGCCACUACGGCGUCUCCCCCGUGCUCAACGCUAACAAGGUGGUCACUGCACUGUCAUUCAACAACUUCACAAUCCCCGUGAAAGCUCGGCCAAUGACCACCCUCGUUAUUGCCGGCGUCAAGCUUUUGUUGCCGAGGGAUGCCGACAAAAUGUACGAUUUGAUGAUCAGCAAGAAAAUCACCCCGGUGCAACUCUUGCAGGCGUUGCAGUUGGUUGGCUACACUUUUGUCCCGGGACCCGAUGGCACUAUGCAAACGAUACAGAAGGGUGCUGAAAGAAUCAAGCUUAAUUUCGCACUCCGCCUGUACGUCGUUUUGAAUGACAAGGAAUACAGGGUGCCUAACGAUCUUCCGCCCCUUGUGGACGCCAUCAGUAGACUUAAGCCGAAAGAUAUGGCCAAAGUGAUAGCCGACCUUAACCGAUAUGGCGCGGUCAUUGCCAUUAAGGGCACCAAAGCCGUCAUAAUGUUGAAUGGCAUGAAGCACGAAGUAUCUCUGAAGUCCCGCGUGGGUACCAACCUGGGACUUAUUGUACACAUCAGCAACAGGACCUUUAACAUCCCGAAAGAUCUCAAGGCGAUUGUAUCAUACGCCAACAGCAAGGGAGCCGCCGUCAUGCAGCUACUCGUUGAGUUGUUCAAAUCGCACGGAAUAAAAGUCAACCAGUCGCCCAAGGGCCUUAUCCUCUCUAUACUCAUGGAUGGAAAGUUAUACAGCGUCAACGACGUUGGGAAAAAGGAUGACGGCAGCGUCCAGGUGCAGAUCCGCGGGAAGAUGUUCUGGAUACCCAGAGAAAUGCUCAGUCUGUCCAAGAAGCUCAAAGGGUUCAGGUAUGUCGAGCUGCUGGUCGCUCUGAUACGAAUGGGAGCUAAGGUAGAGGCGGACAAGGAAAGCCACUUCUACGGCUUCCGCUUCAAGGGUCGCCUAAUGCGGUUCCCCAAGAAGUUCCACGUGGCCGUGAAAGUGGAUAGGACAGGAGCAAUGUUCCGCGUGCCGGCAGAACUGGGCAAGCUGGCGAAGACACUAUCCAAGGGCGAAUGGCACUGGGAUGAAGUGCGCAAGACGCUCAACGCGGCUGGUGUUGAGGUGGCCGGAAAAAGCGGUCCUAUCAAGAGCUUCUCCUUCCAAGGGCAGACGUUCUCGGUUAAAAAAUAGACCGCCGUGUUUGUCUGAAUGCUUCUCACGAAGCGUCGUUGGCGCUUUGCAUGCUUUGCAUGCAACAUUUUUUUUUCGUAAUUUCUUUUUUUGGACGUCCAUUCAAUAAAGUGUCCCGUAAUAA